ACAUAUAUUUACUUCUAAGCUGGAAAUCUCAACCUUUCCCCAUCUCAGAUGUCAACUUUUCACCCUUAACUACUGACUUGGGGAUCCAGAUGACAGCUGGACCUCCAACCCAAGGCUUUCCAUCAGGAAAAAAAAAUAGGGAAAUAAAAUCCCAAUUUCCUUUGGGAAAAUAUUCCCCUGGACACACCUGUAUUACACAAAAGCAAUUUUUAACAACAAUCCACCUUUUAAUCCCAGUGUCAGAAAAGAACAUAAUGACCUGGUUCUGCCCAUGGGAGCAGCAUGGAGGAGAGGGAAAAUAUUUCACAGCAGAGAAACAAGAACCACAGCUGAGAUGACCUUCAGCAGGAAGAAAUAAUGUCUAAAUCUUGGUGUGUUUAUUGAAAAUGGUGCCUCCCUUGCUCUGGGCACACACACAGACAGUGGCUGAGCUGGAAGCCAAGCAGCUAUUCCUGAGGGCAGGCAUUUGAAGGGCAUUCCAUGAUAAGGCUGCUGCUGGAGUGGAGCUUUCUCUGAGCUCUGAGCACAGGGGUGAGCCCCACCUCAGAAAUUCAAGUUUUGUUUUAUAAAGCUCCCUCAAAUUAAACCCUCACUGGCUCCAGGAGGCAGAAGUCAAGCCCACUGCAAUACUCACACUUGUAAACUCUCAUUUUAAACCAUUCCCUCCCCUUUAUUCAACAGAGUUAACAAAGUAAUAUUCAGAAAACUCAUUAUUUGAGGACCAUUAUUUGCAGAAAACUUCAAAGAGGAAAGAGAAACAAUCCUGAUGCUUUUUUGUGAACUUCAGCAGCAGCAGGAAUAAGCUGGAGCUACAGGGAUAACUCUGAAAAGCAAAUAUCUUUGCUCUUAGGAGAAUCUCAUGACUUGCACCCAAAACUGGAGAUAUGGUUAAUUUUCCAAACAAUGACAUGAAUAAUACUUUACAUUUAUGGAAAAUCUUUUCCCCAGCAGCUGUAAAGCUCCUCAUGAGCACUGAUUAACAAAUCACAAUUAAAUAUACACUUCACACAGAACAAAGAUAACAGGCUGAGUUUAUUAAAUCAGAUGUUCACUGCACCCAAACUGAGGUUCAAGGGUCUGAUUUUUAAUCAAUAUCCUAAAAUACCACUGAACCAAGAAGCCCUGAACUGAUCACUGGUUCAAUUCUUUGGGCAAUCUGUACCCAGAAUUAGCUCUGCAGCAACAGGGACUGAAUUCAGGUCUUUCAACAGCUGUGAGCAUCAACUUGUCUUUGGCAGCAAGUUCUCAAGCUGCAAAUAUUAACUGUGGGCUUUGCUUUCCUGCUGCAAAGGCUGAGCUCUGAACACAAAGGCUAACACUGAAUAGCUUGCUUAGAUUAGAUUAAAAAUGUAAGGGAAAACACUUCUUCACACUUAGCUCCUGCUUUAGCAUAAAAUAUAACCUGGGUGGGACACACCAGGCAAAUAUUUAGAUUUUGUAGUAAUCAAAAUCUGCCUGGAAGAGUAAGAAAAACAACUUGUCUAUCUUUGACAUUUUGAUCUGUGGUCUAAACAAAGUUUAUUUGAAACUAAAAUAACCCCAAAACAUGCAGGUAAAACCUCAAAACAUAUCCCCUGAACAGCUGCUUGCAGGGAUGAUUUCAGUCUUGCCUGUUCUGAGGCUUGAAGCAGCACCUUUCCCCGUUUCAAAGAAAGGGAGGAAAAACUGUGUAGACCCAACCCAGCUUGGGAAUUCCUGUGUUUCCAUCACCCUGUGCCUGCUUCCUACACCUGGGAGGCGCCCCAGGAGCGGUGUGUGUGUGUGUGUCUGCACCUCGGGCACCCCUGCACACAGCAAUGCCAACCUCCGCACCCCAAAACUUGCGGGAUGUGCCUGUGUGCCCUGGCAGCGGGAGAGGGGUGCAGACCCCAGCUCCCGUGGGGACAUUGAAACACCAGCCGGGACUCCCAAGGCGAUCCUACGAGUGGCCGUGAACAGUGAAGGCAGGAAGAUGUCGGGAUGUGCAGCCAGGCAGCGCAGCCCCGGGGAAAUGCAGAUUUUGGGCUGUGCACCCUGUUGCUCGGAGGAGUUGGGCUGAGGAGCGGCUGCAUGCCCCGAUCCUGGAGGGCCAGCGAGCAUCCAGAUGAUUUUCUAGCCCUUGGACCUCUCCUUUGGACUCCAGUUGUCUGCCCAGCUCCAGAAGUGGUGCCCCAAACCCAAAGAAGACUUCAGCAGAAGCUCCAGCAGAGCCAGCUGGAAGGAGAGGACUCCCCACCUCCCCAGUGGUGUCAGAAGGAUGAAUUUCCUCCUGAGCUCCUCUUCCCCACUCUGAGUUGUCUCCAUCACUUGUUCUCAGCUCUGCCUCUGAUAUCCCUAUGAUUUGGUGUGGCUGCCCUCACCAGCUGAAAAAUAUGUCCAUCAGAGGCCUGAAGAAGAAACAACCAAAGACUUUUAAAGUCAGAAUUAUAACAGUGGAUGCUGAGAUGGAGUUCAGCUGUGAGAUGAAGUGGAAGGGGAAGGAUUUGUUUGACCUGGUGUGCCGAGCCCUUGGUUUAAGGGAGACCUGGUUCUUUGGCUUGCAGUACACAAUUAAAGGAAUGUGCACCUGGUUAAAGAUGGACAAAAAGGUUUUGGAUCAAGAAAUCCCCAAAGAAGAUCCCAUUAGCUUUCAUUUUUUGGCUAAAUUCUACCCAGAGAAGGUAGAAGAGGAACUCUUACAGGAAAUUACCCAGCAUUUAUUCUUCCUUCAGGUUAAGAAGCAGAUCCUGGAUGAGGAAAUCUAUUGCUCACCAGAAGCUACAGUUUUACUGGCUUCUUAUGCUGUUCAGGCCAAGUAUGGUGACUACGACCCAAAUUUCCACGAGCCAGGAUUUCUAGCCCAUGAUGAGCUGCUGCCCAAAAGGGUGCUCAGGCAGUACCAGCUGACAGCAGAGAUGUGGGAAGAGAAGAUCACUGCUUGGUAUGCUGAGCACAGGGGUAUUGCCAGGGAUGAAGCUGAGAUGAACUAUCUGAAAAUUGCCCAAGACUUGGAAAUGUAUGGUGUCAAUUAUUUCCCAAUUGCUCAAAACAAAAACCACACAGAUCUCCUGCUUGGAGUUGAUGCCAAGGGUAUUCAUAUCUACAGCAUUAAUAACAGGUUCUCCCCCAAUAAAUCCUUUGAGUGGAGCUCCAUCAGAAACAUUUCCUGUAGUGAGAAAGAGUUAACUAUUAAACCCCUUGACAAAAAAGCAGAAGUCUUCAAGUUCUUCUCCUCUCAGCUCAAAGUGAACAAGCUGAUUUUCCAGCUGUGCAUUGGAAACCACGACCUGUUUAUGAGGAGGAGAAAAGUGGACUCCAUAGAGAUCCAGCAGAUGAAAGCACAAGCCAGGGAAGAAAAAGCUAGAAAAAAGAUGGAGAACCAGAGGCUGGCCAGGGAGAAGCAGCUCAGGGAAGAAGCUGAGAGAGCCAAAGAAGAGCUGGAAAGGCGCCUUUUCCAGCUGGAAGAUGAAGCCAGGCAGGCCAACGAGGCCCUGCUCCGAUCCCAGGAAGCAGCAGAGCUGCUGGCUGAGAAAGCCCAGAUUGCAGAAGAAGAGGCCAAGCUGCUGGCCCAGAAUGCUGCAGAGGCCGAGCAGGAACGCCAGAGGCUGGAGAUCACAGCUCUGAAGAGCAAGGAGGAGAAGCGGCUGAUGGAGCAGAAGAUGCGGGAGGCGGAGCUGAUCGCCGUGAAGCUGGUGAAGGAGUCCGACAGGAGAGCCAAGGAGGCAGAGCACCUGAAACAAGACCUGCACGAAGCCCGCGAGGCCGAGCGCAAAGCCAAGCAGAAGCUCUUAGACAUAACCAGGCUGAAUUAUCCUCACAUGGCCAAGUACCCCCAGUACUCCCCAGGUGACAGCAGAGAUGCCAACUUUGACAGAGGAUCCAUCAAACUGGAUUUGAAGGACAUCGACCUCAAGAGACUCUCCUUUGAGAUAGAGAGAGAGAGGCUGGACUACUUAGAAAACAGCAGGAAAUUCGAAGAUCGACUGAAAGAACUGAAGAAUGAAAUUCAUGCUCUGAAGCUGGAGGAGAAACAGGCUGGGCUUUACAGUCCCUGGAAUGAAGUUCUGGGCUCCUUGGAUCGCUCCUUAGGCAGUGCCCCAUCAUGGAUGAAAACCUUGGAAACUGGAGAGGCAGUGGAUGUAAAUCUUCAAAGACCUUUCCCUGCUUACUUGUUAAACACUGCAAGCAGCUGGCCCUGCACCAACAAAAUUCAGCACAUGGUGCCAGUGGAAAAGUCAUCUUCCCAAGCCAAUUCCUUGGCUGCCAACAGUGUGGGCACAGGAACCAGAAAACAGAUUAUAAAGGUUCAGCAGCAUGACUCAGAUGUGAUCUACAUUUGAAGCCCCUCAUUUCCCUGCCAGCCUGCUGGGACUGGUGGCCUUUUUGCCUCUGUGGGGACACUUGGGCAGCUCUGGCUGCUGCCAGGUGUGAGAGACAAGGCACUGGGGAUCCAGAGCUGCCAUCCAGCUCCCAGGCAGGUGCCAUCAGCUGGGAAUGCCACAGGUGCCCCCAGUGAGGCUGGCAGCAGUGCAGAGCCAGAGGAAAUGUUGUUUACUGCCUGUGCACUUUGGAAGGAACACUUCAGACUUUGCUAAAACCCUUCCUCCCCCAGGUGUUUCACACACUUGGAGCUCUGCUGCUGGAGGAAGGAUGUGAGGCAGCAAGUGCCCAGGAGGUGUUUGGGAUGAGAAAACAGAACACAAGCUUGGUGUUUAUCUCCACAAAAGACUAAUUAUGGUUUUGGUCCAGUCCCUGGGACAUGACUCCCACAGAGCUGCUCGACGUUUUAGUGUUUGCCUGCCAAGUAUUUUCCUUCUCCUCCCCAAACAUUUCUUGGUUCACUUAAUUGAUUUGCAUUUCUCUGUGAGAAAUCUCAGCUUUUAAUUCCAGAUGCAGAAAUGGACAUCUUCAAGUACCUCCCAUUCCUGGGGGAAUCCUUUGUUUGGAAUGCAAAGCUUCUGUUCUUCCAGUCCCUGACCAGAUCAAGCAUUUUCUGCUCGAGCAAACUUUGCAUACAUUAAGUGCCUUCCCACUUCUGUGCAGCACAGCUCCCAAAUUAGACAAAGACAAAAGAUGCUCUUGGUGUCUGCUAAACUGGGACUUGUUUCUGGUGGAGAGGUGCAUGCAGCAAAGUGCCUGCCUCAUUAGUAAAACCCACUUGCAUUUUCUGGUUUUAAGUGUCUGCUUCUCCAUAAAUCUUCACUCUGAGGAUUUCUGGGGGAGCAGGCAACAUUCAGCUGCAGCCAGAGCAGGAGCCCAGCUGAACUUGUGACAUGUGAUGUAAAAAUGAAUGGUAAUGUUGUUAAAUGUCUUGUUCUAAAAGCUAGGAUUAAAGAAAAAAAAAAAAAAACAGG